CGCGGAGCUUGGCUUGUUGCUCGCCUGGGCCUUUUGACAGCCCGUAGUAAUCGCUUCUAAUUUGGGGACCUUGCCGCCCUGGCUUACAGAAGGGGAAUAGACCGAGUAUAACAACCGAGACUAUGAGGCGCAAUGCAACACGCCAGGCGCGGAGCGUAAGUAGAAGACGCCAUCGCGCUUCCCUUGGACCAGUGCACAUGCGCAGUGUGAACUUUUCGCGGACCGAGAUUUCUCCUGCCAGUCCUUUCUCCUGGCUUCACCCGCCGGCCCAGACCAUUUCCUGUAUGGCUAUUGGAAGAACAAGCGAGCUCUGGAAAGCCUCUCAGGAUUGGUUGGGCCUACCUAAGAGUAAGGGAGAGCCUACUUCCGGGCCAUGGAGAAAGAAUGGCAACGAUUGGCUGAGCCUUCCAGCGGGAGCCUUCUGAUUGGUCCUGCUCAGGAGCGGGCGGGGCGGGACCUCUAUCCCUGAAGCGGCGGCGGCGCUGUCUGCGGAACCGCUGUGAGGCGGCCGAGCUGCGCUGUGGCGUGCGGCAGGGCGCGGCAGGAUGGAGGUGACGGGGUUGUCGGCGCCCACCGUGAACGUUUUCAUCAGCAGCUCCCUCAACAGUUUCCGCUCCGAAAAGCGGUAUAGUCGCAACCUCACUAUUGCUGAAUUCAAGUGCAAGCUGGAACUGGUGGUGGGCAGCCCUGCUUCCUGCAUGGAAUUGGAGCUGUAUGGAGCUGAUGAUAAGUUCUACAGCAAGUUAGAUCAGGAAGACGCUUUGCUGGGCUCCUAUCCCGUAGACAACGGUUGCCGAAUCCAUGUCAUUGACCACAGUGGUGCCCGCCUUGGGGAGUAUGAGGAUGUAUCCAAGGUGGAGAAAUACAAGAUCUCACAAGAGGCCUAUGAACAGAGGCAAGACUCAGUCCGAUCCUUUUUGAAGCGAAGCAAACUUGGCCCUUACAAUGAAGAACAGAAGGCACAGCAAGAGGCUGAGGCAGCCCAGCGCCUUGCGGAGGAGAAAGCCCAAGCCAGUGCCAUCUCCGUGGGUAGCCGCUGUGAGGUGCGGCCACUGGGGCAGUCCCCACGCCGGGGCACCGUCAUGUAUGUAGGACUCACAGAUUUCAAGCCUGGCUACUGGAUUGGUGUCCGCUAUGAUGAGCCACUAGGGAAAAAUGACGGCAGUGUGAAUGGGAAGCGCUACUUUGAGUGUCAGGACAAGUACGGAGCCUUCGUCAAGCCAUCAGUUGUAACAGUGGGGGACUUCCCAGAGGAAGACUAUGGAUUGGAUGAGAUGUGACACCCAAGGAAGGGUGUCUCCCUGCUCCAGCUCCUGACUCCCUUCAUCGUCCCUCCCUAUAUGUACGCCCAUGCCCUCUUCACUGACCCAUCUCUGUUUCCUUUACCUUCCACCUGCUGUGGAUUUGUAACACUCAUAAAUUAAAUUCCUCAGAAACUGGGGAA